CCAAAGUUGUGCGUCGUUGCCAAGAGGAAACGGAAAUAAAUCUUCCGAAGCCGCAGACUUCUGCAGCUGUCUAAUAGUUUUUUUGUUUACGUUUUAGCGCUAUAUCAAGAGAUAUAGACUCUAAGAGAUUAGCAGGCGCUGCGCGACCUCUGCGGCAUCGCGUCGCCUCCUGCAGGCGCGCGUGUCGGUGUACUACAGCUGACCGCCGGCGCUCGUCCCGCUGCACAAGGGAGGGACACAAACAAUGGGAGCGCAGAAGAAGCGCUGCUAGCGCCGCCGUACACCCGUGCCUUCACUGCUACCGAAGCGGCACCGAUGUGGAGCUGGUGUUUUAAGCGCGGGCCGGUGAUGCAGUGAGAAUCGAUUGGCACUGUGAUAAAUGCAUCUGUAUCUGCGGCGGGGCAUUAGUAGUGUAUUGUCUUAAGAUUUCAGUUCCGUCCUCACGAUGGAUUUCCCUUUCGACCUGAAUGCGCUUUUCCCCGAGAGAAUUACGGCGCUGGAUAACAACUUGAGUGCAGGUCGGAAAGCGCACGGGAGGCCAGAUCCUCUUCUUCAGAUCAGCACGGUUCUAGAUGAGCUGGGCAAAGCCUCCUCUAAGGCCCAGCAGCUGCCUGCUCCUAUAACCAGCGCUGCUAAGCUCCAGGCCAACAGACACCACCUCUACCUCCUGAAAGACGGAGAGCAGAACGGAGGAAGGGGGGUCGUUGUUGGCUUUCUGAAGGUCGGCUACAAGAAGCUGUUUUUACUCGACCAACGGGGGGCGCAUUUGGAAACCGAGCCGUUGUGCGUGCUGGAUUUCUACGUGACCGAGACGCUGCAGAGACACGGCUAUGGACUCGAGCUCUUUGACUUCAUGCUGAAACACGAACGGGUGGAGCCUGAACAGAUGGCGUACGAUAGACCUUCUCCUAAAUUCCUGUCAUUUCUAGAAAAGCACUAUGAUCUCAAGAACAGCGUUCCUCAGGUGAAUAACUUUGUGGUGUUCAGUGGAUUCUUCCAGAGUAGAUCAGGAACACCUCCCUCCCCUUCGACGGAUCAGGGGAUGUACGGAUUUUUCGGUCCAGUUGAGAAAAGCUCACCCAAAAAAGCCAGAGGGAGAGAUCAAGCCGUAUUCACUAAUGGAAAGAGAAGUGGUUCGGGAGGAGCAGAGGGCUCUCCCCUGGCCAUUCGUUCGCCCCGCGGGUCCCCCCCUCUCUCCCCCUCUGCUUCCGUCAUCUCCUCAGUCCCGUUCGCUCAGCGUGGGAUCCUCCCCCAGCCGGGCCCCGCUCCGCCCCGCCGCGGCCCCCGGGACCCCCUCCUCCCAGCUCAACGACAGCUGCAGGGCCAAGCGCACCAGCCACCAGGGUCUGGUUGCCAGGAGCAACCUCUACAGUCGCCAUAUCAACAGCCGAGACCUCGGGCAAUUAUUGGCGGAACAGCAGAAGAGACCCUUGAAGCUUCCAGCUGUCGUGUGUGCUCCUCAGGGCUGACAGCAGAGCUCUGUGAGAGAGUGUGUGACACAGGGGCAAACGCAGAUGCAGUGGGACACAAACACACUUCAGAAAGACCGCAUCUUCAAGGCCAGGUUGUGUCUCUUCCGACGAUUGCCGGUGCCAAGAAAGAUCACGUUCAGGAGCAGACCUCCAUAACACCCCUGGACCGCAAAGAAGAGCUGCAGACCAAAGCGUCAAAGAUCAGAGCAGAGGAGUGGAGGAAAGGUGGAGCGGCUGAGACGGAGAGGGGUGCAGGGAGAGGAGGAUGGUCGUGGACGGUCGGGGAGAGCCGCUGUACGGCCCAGUGGGUCCGACAGAAACAAGAGUAUCGCAGCACACGGCCCUGGUGACCGAAAGGGCUACUUCACACGAAGAUUCAAAUUCUGUUGUUAAUUACUCAUCCUUGUAUCGUUCCAGACCGUUCAUUUUCAAAACCCAAAUAAAUAUAUUUUUGAUGAACUUGAGACAUUUCUGAAGCUCCCAUAGACAGCAACACAAGGCCCAAAAAAGUAGUAAGGAUAUUGUUAAAAGUGCUUCAGCCUUAAUGUUAUGAAGCUACGUGAAUGCUUUUCAUGUGCAAAGUAGACAAAAAUAACAAAUUUUCUGACGUAGAAAGACUGACGCGUAAGAGAAUUGUUGAAUAAAGUCAUUAUUUUAGUUUUCUUUGCUCACAAAAAGCAUUCUCGAAGCUUCAUAACAUUAAUGUUGAACCACUGAUGGCAGAUGGACUGUUUUAGAGGUAUUUUAAGGUCUUUGCUACCAUUUUGGGCCUUGAAAUUGUCAGUUGUGUUGCUUACUAUGGAGGAAAAGAAAUCAUUAAAUUCAAAAUGUCUUCAUUUGAAACAACAUGAGUGUGACUAAUUAAUGACGGACAUUUUGUUUUUGGAUGAACUGUCCCUUUAAGAACAGAAAAGGGCAUCGCAAAGAAAUGAGGAAAAAAAGAUUUUUAGAAAUUUUUAUUAAACCACAAAAGUGAAAAAGACCUCUAAUGAAAAUAACAUCAACAGCCAUAUGUAACUUUUUUUUUUAUUUUUUUAUCAGUCCUAUUUAUAAACUACAGCUAUUCAUUUUAUGGCUUGUGCUUUUAUAAUCGCAAUUCUAUAAUAUGAUCUUUUAUCAUGUUUUUUUACAAACGGGUCUAUGCAAGUACAGACGUUUUUUUUUUUUUUUUUGUGGAAAUAAAUUAAA